AUGCCUAGGGAAAGUACAUUUCGACUAUCACGAAACCAUUCCUGUGUAUUGCUUGUUCUACUUCUCACCAACGUGGUAUUUGUUAUGGUUAUAUACACCCGAUACGACGCCGGUCAUCGAGCGGCAGUCGAGCGAUCAAGAGCCAUAUUCAGUGGACACACUGCCGGUUUCGCAGCUGGUGACCCCGACAUCGUGAACGCCAUAUUGGAUGUGCGCGAAAGGUUAGGCGAAAUAAAGAACCUCACGCGGAAACAAUCAGAGCACUUUGAUAAAAUGGUAAACGCAUUGCAAGGAAAACAGCAGAGAAGAGAAAGUAGUUUAUUGAAUGAACUGCCCAGGGAGAAUGGGAGUACCAGAUAUUCGCUACCGGUUUUACAGACAACUGGCACAAACGUCCUCGUUUCUGCUAGCAUGAGGACUGGUUCGAGUUUCGUUGGUGAACUUCUGAACCAAAACCCCGAUUCUCUGUACAUAUUCGAACCUCUGAAGUCUCUAAAACUUAAAGACAGCGAUCCGUAUCUCCCCCUGUUCGGGGCUGACAUGUUGGCGGCGUUUUACAGAUGCAAUUUUUCCGCUCCUAGUUUGAAAAGAUUUUUGGACGAUUUCAAUAGUGAGUCGGUGAUGACGAAACGGAAUCAUGUACGAGAAUGGGUAGGCUGGAGGUAUUGUUCGGGUUGGAACACCGCCGAUAAAACAUACGAAAACUGUAAACCGUUCACCCCGGCGAUAGCGUCAGAGUCAUGCACGAAGCAUACAAUUAAAGCAGCGAAAAUAAUCCGUAUAAAUGAUUUGAGCAAUCUUAUACAUUUAAUGAAAGAUCCGGAAAUUGACCUGAAAGUGAUCAACGUAAUCCGAGAUCCUCGUGGAAAGAUUUCAUCCGUAUUGCCCAUACAUCUUAAUGGUUACCGCACAAUAAGCAGAAUGGAAUCCAACAAAAUAUUCACCGUCGAACACCUUAAUGCGCACCCUGAACUCUCGGAGAUAUUGCAACGUUAUUGCACUGAAACACUUCGUAACAUCUUACUAGCUCGGCACGCCUCAUGGUUUCCCAAGCGCAACUAUCAAGUUAUUCGCUACGAAGACGCAGCGUACGAGCCGAAAAAAACAGCCGAGAUUAUUUACAAAUUUCUUGGUCUGAACUUUCACGGCGACGUAUUGAAGUGGGUGGACGAGAACACCCGACAGGAAAAUAUACAGGACCCCAAUUUUGUGUACAGCACUAGGAGGGAUUCGCGAAUGACAGCGGAGAACUGGAGGCGCAAAUUAACCCUUGAGUUGGCAAAAAGUAUAGAAAACACGGGCGAAUGCGGCAAACUGAUGGACACUCUCGGAUAUGCGCUUCUUGAAGCAAUUAUGAUGAUCAAAGAUGACCCAAAUGUUUCUUGUCUCAGUUGGAUAACGCUUGAACGAAUGAGAAUAUUCGGAAUGCGGUUAAACGGCGAUCUAAUUAGAAGAGCCUUAGUUUUAUCAUCAUUAAACUAUACUUUAUUACAUGACAUUCAUGAUUUAAUGUCACAAGCUGUACUUUCAAUUAUGCUAACUGAAGACGGUGUAUCAGAGUAUGAGAAGGCGAGGUAG